AUGUCUGUACACUUCGCCAACUGGGUGAACAACCCCCUUUCUCAUACCGUUUCCUCUUGUGUCUCCGACCCUACUUUGGCACCGUUCAAGGUAGCCCAUUUUACGCGCGGAUUACUUCCUGAGGAUCACCCAGAAGUUGCGCCUCGUGGUAACGACGGCUCGGGUAUUGCGUCCGGUGCAAGAAGGCUGAAAACUCUGCCUAACUGGAUUCCUAUGGACAGCCGACAGUGUGCAAUCAGACUGGUCGACCCCGUCACAAAUCACAUCCAGCGGUCCCGCAAAUCUGUUUGUUACCUGUGCAUACACUCCAACAAACCGCAGCAGUUACGCAAUCAAAGAAACUUGUUACGGAAAAAAUUUAUGACUCCUGGUGAUGACCGAGUGCAUGGGUACAACUACUCUGGAUCGAAAAUCAUUGUGGUAGAUUCUUGGUGGACGGAAAACGGCGAUCGAUUUCUUCAAUUGCGUUGA